AUGAUGCACUUCAUGCUGCUCUUCUCUCGCCAAGGCAAAUUGCGAUUGCAGAAGUGGUAUUCGCCUUAUUUAGACAAGCAAAAGAAGAAAAUUUGCCGCGAGUUGAUCACGCAAAUUCUGGCGCGAAAGCCGAAAAUGUGCGCUUUUUUGGAGUAUUCGAGCAAUAUGAAGGUCGUCUAUAAAAGAUACGCCUCGCUAUAUUUCUGUUGCGCAGUGGAUGAUGAGGACAAUGAAUUAAUUACGCUUGAAGUUAUCCACCGAUAUGUGGAACUGCUGGACAAAUAUUUUAGCUCUGUCUGCGAGCUCGACAUCAUUUUCAACUACGAGAAGGCCUAUUUUAUCUUGGAUGAAUUUCUGCUGGCCGGUGAGGUGCAGGAAACCAGUAAAAAGCAGAUCCGCAACAUCAUCAUGGCCCAGGAUCAGCUGCAAGAGGGCGAGACACCACAAGGAUUGUUCGAGGAUCACGGGCUUGGA